AUGUCUAGCGAGUAUAGGCUAGAAUGUGGUGUGCGUCAGGGUGGACUUACUUCUCCCGAUCUGUUCAACCUUUAUGUGAAUGACUUGAUUGUGGAGCUGAGGAGCACCAGAAUUGGCUGCCACAUAGGUGAUGUUUACAUAAACAACCUGAGUUAUGCUGAUGAUAUGGUGCUCCUCAGCCCCUCAAUUGAGGGUCUUCGUAGGCUUUUGGACACAUGUGCUCGUUAUGCUGAAGCGCAUGGUCUUAAGUAUAACGAGAAGAAAACGGAGAUGAUGGUAUUCAGAUCGGGGAAGGGUCCUGAGAGAGUACUUCCACUCUUUUUAAGGGGGGCGCCAGUUCGGGUUGUGGAGACUUUCAGAUACCUGGGACACGUGCUCACGUCAGAUCUACGUGAUGAUGCAGACCUGGAGAGGGAGCGCAGGGCCCUGGCCGUCCGCUGCAACAUGCUCGCGAGGCGGUUUGCUCGUUGUACUGAGCAAGUAAAAGUAACUCUGUUUAGAGCGUACUGCCAGAGCUUUUAUACUUGUCAGCUCUGGCUAAACUACACGAAACGCGCAUACUCGACUCUUAGGGUUCAGUACAACGAUGCAUUCCGUAUACUUCUAAAGCAUCCUCGUUUCUGCAGUGCGUCAGGCAUGUUUGCGGAGGCUGGGGUCCCUGACUUUUUUGCAAUAAUGAGGUCACGUGUUGCGGGCUUCUGGGACCGAGUGCGCUCCUCCAGCAAUACCAUACUGCAAGUGUUGCUCCAACUGAUUCCUCAAGAGCUUCCCUUUAAGAAGUGCACCCCGGUCCCCCUGCCCCCUCGCCGCCCCCCCGGCUGCCGAAUGCAUCGUCAGGUCGACACGGAAGUCACAAACACGGGGUCGACGCCCCCGCGGCGCCGCGCUGUCCGCCAGUGCAUCCCGAUUGAAAUUUGA